AGCCAAGCCGGAGAGGAGGCGAGCGGCAAGCCCUGGUGGCGAGAGCGCGGCUGUCACUGCGCCCGAGCAUCCCAGAGCUUUCCGAGCGGACGAGCCGGCCGUGCCGGGCAUCCCCAGCCUCGCUACCCUCGCAGCACACGUCGAGCCCCGCACGGGCGAGCGUCCGCAACUUAGCCCAGAGCACGUUUCCCCUGGCAGCGCAGGAAACGCCCGGCCGCGCGCCGGCGCACGCCCCCCUCUCCUCCUUUGUUCCGGGGGUCGGCGGCCGCUCUCCUGCCGGCGUCGGGAUCUCGGCCCCGGGAGGCGGGCCGUCGGGCGCAGCCGCGAAGAUGCCGCUGGAACUGACCCAGAGCCGAGUGCAGAAGAUCUGGGUGCCCGUGGACCACCGGCCCUCGUUGCCCAGAUCCUGUGGGCCAAAGCUGACCAACUCCCCCACCGUCAUCGUCAUGGUGGGCCUCCCCGCCCGGGGCAAGACCUACAUCUCCAAGAAGCUGACUCGCUACCUCAACUGGAUUGGCGUCCCCACAAAAGUGUUCAACGUCGGGGAGUAUCGCCGGGAGGCUGUGAAGCAGUACAGCUCCUACAACUUCUUCCGCCCCGACAAUGAGGAAGCCAUGAAAGUCCGGAAGCAAUGUGCCUUAGCUGCCUUGAGAGAUGUCAAAAGCUACCUGGCGAAAGAAGGGGGACAAAUUGCGGUUUUCGACGCCACCAAUACUACUAGAGAGAGGAGACACAUGAUCCUUCAUUUUGCCAAAGAAAAUGACUUUAAGGCGUUUUUCAUCGAGUCCGUGUGCGACGACCCUACAGUUGUGGCCUCCAACAUCAUGGAAGUUAAAAUCUCCAGCCCGGAUUACAAAGACUGCAACUCGGCAGAAGCCAUGGACGACUUCAUGAAGAGGAUCAGUUGCUAUGAAGCCAGCUACCAGCCCCUCGACCCCGACAAAUGCGACAGGGACUUGUCGCUGAUCAAGGUGAUUGACGUGGGCCGGAGGUUCCUGGUGAACCGGGUGCAGGACCACAUCCAGAGCCGCAUCGUGUACUAUCUGAUGAACAUCCACGUGCAGCCGCGCACCAUCUACCUGUGCCGGCACGGCGAGAACGAGCACAACCUCCAGGGCCGGAUCGGGGGCGACUCGGGCCUGUCCAGCCGGGGCAAGAAGUUUGCCAGCGCUCUGAGCAAGUUCGUGGAGGAGCAGAACCUGAAGGACCUGCGUGUGUGGACCAGCCAGCUGAAGAGCACCAUCCAGACAGCUGAGGCGCUGCGGCUGCCCUAUGAGCAGUGGAAGGCGCUCAAUGAGAUCGACGCGGGCGUCUGUGAGGAGCUGACCUACGAGGAGAUCAGGGACACCUACCCCGAGGAGUAUGCGCUGCGGGAGCAGGACAAGUACUACUACCGCUACCCCACCGGGGAGUCCUACCAGGACCUGGUCCAGCGCCUGGAGCCGGUGAUCAUGGAGCUGGAGCGGCAGGAGAAUGUGCUGGUCAUCUGCCACCAGGCUGUCCUGCGCUGCCUGCUGGCCUACUUCCUGGAUAAGAGCGCAGAGGAGAUGCCCUACCUGAAAUGCCCUCUUCACACUGUCCUGAAACUGACGCCUGUCGCUUAUGGCUGCCGUGUGGAAUCCAUCUACCUGAAUGUGGAGUCCGUCUGCACGCACCGGGAGAGGUCAGAGGAUGCAAAGAAGGGACCUAACCCGCUCAUGAGACGCAAUAGUGUCACCCCGCUAGCCAGCCCCGAGCCCACCAAAAAGCCUCGCAUCAACAGCUUUGAGGAGCAUGUGGCCUCCACCUCGGCCGCCCUGCCCAGCUGCCUGCCCCCGGAGGUGCCCACGCAGCUGCCUGGACAACCUUUGCUAGGGCAAGCCUGUCUACGAACUGUCUGUCACAUUUUCUCAAAGUUUUCUCCUUACUAACCGUGAAAGAACAUGAAAGGCUCCCGGAGCAGCGCUGACUCCUCCAGGAAACACUGAGGCAGACGUGUUGGUUCCAUUCCAUUUCCAUUUCUGCAGCUUAGCUUGUGUCCUGCCCUCCGCCCGAGGCAAAACGUAUCCUGAGGACUUCUUCCGGAGAGGGUGGGGUGGAGCAGCGGGGGAGCCUUGGCCGAAGAGAACCAUGCUUGGCACCCUCUGUGUCCCCUCGGCCGCUGGACACCAGAAAGCCACGUGGGUCCCUGGCGCCCUGCCUUAGCCGCGGGGCCCCCACCUCCACCCUCUGGGUUUCCUAGGAGUGUCCAGCCUCGGAGACCUUCACAAAGCCUGGGGAGGGUGAUAAGUGCUGGUCCUGACAAGAGGCCGCUGGGGACACUGUGCCGUUUUGUUUCGUUUCUGUAAUCUCCUGGCACGUUUGGAGCUGGGAAGACCACACUGGUGGCAGAAUCCUAAAAUUAAAGGAGGCAGGCUCCUAGUUGCUGAAGGUCAAGGAAUGUGUAAAACCUCCACGUGGCUGUUUGGUGCAUCUUGACCUGGGAAGACGCCUCAUGGGAACGAACUUGGACAGGUGUUGGGUUGGGGCCUCUUCUGCAAGAAGUCCCUGAGCUGAGAUGCAAGUUGACUGGGUGGUCCACACCCUGCUCUCUCGCAGGUCCACACACCUUCCAGGCCUGCGUUCUGCCUCCAAAGAUGUUCAAGGGCAGGCUGGCUGCACGGGGAGAGAGGGAAAUAUUUUGCUGAAAUAUGAGAACUGGGGCCUCCCACUCAGGGAGCUCCAGGGCCCCUCUCUCCUCCGAUCUGGACUUGGGGGGAACUGAGAAACACUUUCCUGGAGCUGCUGGCUUUUGCACUUUUUUGAUGGCAGAAGUGUGACCUGAGAGUCACACCUUCUGUUCAGGAACGUAGAUGUUGGGGUGUUUUGCCCUGGGGGGCUUGGAGCCUCUGAAGGUGGGGAGCAGAACACCUGGCAUCCUUCCCCAGCACUUGCAUUACUGUCCCUGCUCUUCCCAGGUGGGGACAGUGGCCCAAGCAAGGCCUCACUCCCACUUCUUCAAGAGCUGCCUGCACGCUGUCUUGGAGCAUCUGCCUUGUGCCUGGCACUCUGCCGGUACCUUGGGAAAGUUGGAAGAGUGGACUUUGUCCUGGCCUUCCCUUCAUGGCAUCUGUGACACUUUCGUGGUGAUGGAAAGCAUGGGACCUGUCAUCUCAGCCUGUUGGUUUCUCCUCAUUGCCUCAAACCCUGGGGUAGGUGGGACGGGGGGUCUCGUGCCCAGAUGAAACCAUUUGGAAACUCGGCAGCAGAGUUUGUCCAAAUGACCCUUUUCAGGACGUCUCAAAGCUCGUGCCAAAGGUCACUUUUCUUUCCUGCCUUCUGCUGUGAGCCCUGAGAUCCUCCUCCCAGCUCAACGGACAGGUCCUCGGUGAGGGUGGGGGAUUUAGACACCUGAAACUGGGCGUGGAGAGAAGAGCCGUUGCUGUUUGUUUUUCGAGAAGAGCUUUUAAAGAAUGCAUGUUUUUUUCCUGGUUGGAAUUGAGUAGGAACUGAGGCUGUGCUUCAGAUAUCGUACAAUCAAGUGGGGGAUUUCAUGCUGAACCAUUCAAGCCCUCCCCGCCCAUUGCACCCGCUUUGGCUGGCGUCUGCUGGAGAGGAUGUCUCUGUCUGCAUUCCCAUGCAACUCCAGACUCGCGCAGUUUUCUCUCUCUCCCUGGAUGUUGAGUCUCAUCAGAAUGUGUGGGUAGGGGGUGGGCGUGCACGGGUGCGUGAUUGUGCUUAACUUGGUUGUAUUUUUCGAUUUGACAUGAAAGGCCUGUUGCUUUGCUCUUGAGAAUAGUUUCUCGUGUCCCCCUCGCAGGCCUCAUUCUUUGAACAUCGACUCUGAAGUUUGAUACAGAUAGGGGUUGAUAAAGCUCUGGUCCCCUCUCCCCUCUUACUACCUAAAAUCAAUACCUAAAUACAGAAGCCUUGGCCUAACAUGGGACUUUAGUAUGGGAAGGGCCUAGAUAGGGAGAGAGGUAACAUGAAUCUGGACAGGGAGGGAGAUACUACAGAAAUGAGAACAGUGCCUACUUUGGAAGCCAGUGACCUGCCUUUUGAGGGGACAUUGGACGGGGUGGGUGGGUUUGAGCUAUAGUCAUGAACUUCUGGCGUCUACUGAUUCUUACCAACUCUCCACCCCACAAAAUAGCGGGGACCAAUAUUUUGAACUUUGCCUAUUUGUUUUUGGGUGAGUUUCCCCCCUCCUUAUUCUGUCCUGAGACCACGGGCAAAGCUCAUCGUUUUGGGAGAGAAGAAAAACUCUUUGGAACCACACCAAUGAUAUUUUUGUUUGUAAUACUUGAAAUUUAUUUUUUUAUUAUUUUGAUAGCAGAUGUGCUAUUUAUUUAUUUAAUAUGUAUAAGGAGCCUAAACAAUAGAAAGCUGUAGAGAUUGGGUUUUGUUGUUAAUUGGUUUGGGAGCCUCCUAUGUGUGACUUAUGACUUCUUUGUGUUCUGUGUAUUUGUCUGAAUUAAUGACCUGGGAUAUAAAGCUAUGCUAGCUUUCAAACAGGAGAUGCCUUUCAGAAAUUUGUAUAUUUUGCAGUUGCCAGACCAAUAAAAUACCUGGUUGAAAUACA